AUGUUAUCAACCAACACUAAAUACUCCAAUAAUUUAAAACGAAUAUGUUAUUGUCAAUGUAAAAGAUAUGCAACUUCAAUACCACAAGAUGAUCAUGAUCACAAUCAACCAAUGGAUCAUCACAAAAGAUUAAAUUUACAUGAAUGGCCAAAAACAAAAAAUCCAACACCUUAUGAAAUAUUUGGAUUAUCUUCAAAAGAUAUUGGAAUGUCUACAAUAGAAUUAAAUAAAAUUAUAAAAUUAAAAUAUAUUAAAUUUGUUAAAAUAUAUCAUCCAGAUACAAGUUUAAAACAUUUAGAUUCUUCAACCUCUUUAUUAACAGAUGAUAUAAAAAGAAAAAGAUAUGAAAUGAUUCAAGAAUCAUAUGAUAUAUUAAGAGAUGCAAGAAGAAGAUCAGCUUAUAAUAGAUUUAAAACAACAUCAUGGGAUCAACAAGGUCCUUAUAAUCCAACAACAAAUAAUCCAUGGUCAAAAGAAAAUUUUGAAACUUAUCGUAGAGCAAAUGCUCAUAGAUCAAGAUAUGAUUUUAAAAAAGAUGAAGAAUUUUGGACAGCUGGUACAUGGAAUGAUUAUUAUCAAAUGAAAUAUCAAAGAUCUCCUCCAACAAAAGAAGAAAUGGAAAAAAAUAAAUAUAAAAUUUUAAUAGGAGUAUUAGCUGUUGGUGCAUUAGCAUUUGGUUUACAAUUUAUGAAUGCUAUAGAUAAAACUAAUCAAUAUAUUUUAGAUACUCAUAAACUUAAUUUAAAAUCAAUGAAAGAUUUAAAUGAAAGUUAUUCAAAUGGUUAUGGUAGUGAUAAAAUUGAUGAUUUCUCACAAGCAAGUACAAUAAAGAGAUUCUUAUUAUCAAGAAGAAGUACAAUGCAACUGAAAAGAAGAUCUGAAGGUGAUGGUGAUGAUCCUUUUGAAUUAAAUAAUAAAGAACCAAGUGAUCAUGAAUUAUUAGUUAAAUAUGCUAGAGGUAAAGUUAAUAAAUGGGACAAAGCUGAAAAUGAUUGGAAUCAAAGUAGGAUCAAACCUACAAUGGGAGAUAGAUAUUCACUUGAUGAUAAGUCUUCUUAA